UUGAAUCAAGCGGGGAGACGGGUUUCUUCUACAGCGUGAGCGUACUAUCCGAUGCCCAGUGAACGGCAAACUCACAGUAAACAUUGGGAUAUGCCUUUUGGACAGUCGCUGACUCAUUCAUCUCAAUGCUAUUCAGAGAGAUCAAGACACGCAAUAUAAAGAGCGAAGCGAAAGGCAUAAAGAGAGACGGCACUUAGCGUUUCUUCUUACCCGAGAAACUGGACUGUGAAGUAUCCAGUUUCAGUAGCAUCGUGGCUUUUCCUGGAGUGGCAUGUUCGAACACUGAAACGGAUCGCGUUGAACUCCUGCUUUCACCCAAAGAGGGUUCAAUGAAAAUGUCCGUCUACGUGCAUGAGAACCGCAAGUCCCGGGCCAGCUCGGGCUCCAUGAAUAUCUACUUGUUCCACAAGUCGUCUUAUGCUGACAGUGUGCUGAUGCACCUGAACGCGCUACGGCAGCAGAGGCUCUUCACCGACGUGCUGCUGCACGCCGGCAGCCGCUCCUUCCCCUGCCACCGCGCCGUGCUGGCCGCCUGCAGCCGCUACUUCGAGGCCAUGUUCAGCGGCGGCCUGCGUGAGAGCCAGGCCAGCGAGGUCAACUUCCACGACUCCAUCCACCCCGAGGUGCUGGAGCUGCUGCUGGACUACGCCUACUCGUCCCGGGUCAUCAUCAAUGAGGAGAACGCCGAGUCCCUGCUGGAGGCCGGGGACAUGCUGGAGUUCCAGGACAUCCGGGACGCCUGCGCCGAGUUCCUGGAGAGGAAUCUGCACCCCACCAACUGCCUGGGCAUGCUGCUGCUGUCGGACGCCCACCAGUGCACCAAGCUGUCGGAGCUCUCCUGGGGCAUGUGCCUGAGCAACUUCCCCACCAUCUGCAAGACGGAGGACUUCCUGCAGCUGCCCAAAGACAUGCUGGUUCAGCUCCUGUCCCAUGAGGAGCUGGAGACGGAGGAUGAGAGGCUGGUGUACGAGUCGGCCCUCAACUGGGUCAACUAUGACCUGGAGAGGCGGCACUGCCACCUCCCGGAGCUGCUGCGUACUGUCCGCCUCGCCCUCCUCCCCGCCAUCUUCCUCAUGGAGAACGUCUCCACCGAGGAGCUCAUCAACAAGCAGGCCAAGAGCAAGGAGCUGGUGGACGAGGCCAUCCGCUGCAAGCUGAAGAUCCUGCAGAACGACGGCGUGGUCACCAGCCUGUGCGCCCGGCCCAGGAAGACCAGCCACGCCCUCUUCCUCCUGGGCGGCCAGACCUUCAUGUGCGACAAGCUGUACCUGGUGGACCAGAAGGCCAAGGAGAUCAUCCCCAAGGCGGACAUCCCCAGUCCGCGCAAGGAGUUCAGCGCGUGCGCCAUCGGCUGCAAGGUCUAUGUCACGGGAGGCCGCGGCUCUGAGAACGGGGUGUCCAAAGACGUUUGGGUCUACGACACUCUGCACGAGGAGUGGUGCAAGGCUGCCCCUAUGCUCAUCGCCCGGUUUGGUCAUGGGUCAGCUGAGCUCAAGCACUGCCUCUAUGUGGUGGGCGGGCACACGGCCGCCACUGGCUGCCUCCCGGCCUCCCCGUCGGUGUCUCUGAAGCAGGUGGAGCAGUACGACCCCGCCACCAACAAGUGGACCAUGGUGGCGCCGCUCCGGGAGGGUGUGAGCAACGCGGCGGUGGUGAGCGUCAAGCUCAAGCUCUUCGCCUUCGGGGGCACCAGUGUGAGCCAUGACAAACUGCCCAAGGUGCAGUGCUAUGACCCGCUAGAGAACCGAUGGACCGUGCCCGCCACCUGCCCCCAGCCCUGGCGCUACACAGCUGCCGCUGUGCUCGGCAACCAGAUUUUCGUCAUGGGAGGAGACACCGAAUUCUCUGCGUGCUCCGCCUACAAGUUCAGCAGCGAGACCUACCAGUGGACUAAGGUUGGGGACGUCACGGCGAAACGCAUGAGCUGCCAGGCGGUGGCCUCGGGGAAUAAACUCUAUGUUGUGGGUGGCUAUUUUGGCACGCAGCGGUGUAAAACUCUGGACUGCUAUGACCCCACGUUAGACACAUGGAAUAGUAUUACAACUGUGCCAUACUCACUCAUCCCCACUGCCUUCGUCAGCACCUGGAAACAUCUUCCGGCGUAGGCAAUUCCCUCAACCAAGGAGAUCACCCCAUUUUUUCCCUCAACACAUAUACUGGAUUUCAACUGUGAAGAAGCACAUUUUAUUAUUUGGCAUGAAGGAUAAACUAUUGAAGUCAGGGGUUGGUAUGCGACAGAGGGGACAGGACGGCAAUGUUUUAAUAUGUGCCACUGAACAAACAUGAAGGACCAACCCCUGUCUUUUGACGAUUUUUCUUUGCUCGGCAAUCUAGAGGCAUUGAUCUUAACAGGAGCAAGCCGAACAGUGCUGGAGGUAAGGCUCUGUCUAACUGAAGGGUUGACCAGCCCCUGGCAGGAGGAAGAGGGAGAAGAUUAAUGGACAUAAUUUUUCAUUAAAGGACUAGGGUGUACAUGAGCGGGCCAUUCUGAGUUCCUGUUGAGCAGGCUAGUGGGAUGUUCGAAAUGGCUGUCACCUCGUGCUGUGACAGUUUGAAGUGCCCGCAGCAGCUGCAUUGAGUAAGAGCUGAUUCAUGUUUUGACAUGUCAUUUUGAGUGAAACUACAGCUGGACCUCUGCAGCCAUUGAGAGGCUGAGAAGUAUCUGCGCUUGUAGACAUGGGCAGAGGUGCAGACAGUGUCAAUAAGUGAGUCCAGGGAGGUGAGAAACACACUAUUAGCUUCUCAGUCAAAAGCAGAUUAAAAAAAAAAAACACAAGGACCUGUUUGUCUUAAGACCUGGCUUUAAUGUAUAUUCUAGUCUUUAUUUAUGAUGGAAAUGUGCUUUGUUUAUUCUAAGAAUAUUUAGGUUUGGGGUGGGAUGGGGUACUUAAUUUAUUGUUUUGCUGCUUGUAUUCUUGUAUAAGCCCACAAUCUUGUUUUGUACCAUGCAUGGCCUGCUUUGCAAUUGCUCUUCUUAGAUUGGGCUAUUGUUUUUGCACAUUUUGAUUUUCUCUGACAUGGGAACCUCCCCCCUUGCCUCCUCAGGUCUGGUGUUAAGAGGCAAGUGUUGGUGGUAGUGGUGGUGAGGGAUCUGUAGGGGGGAGGGGGCUUAUGGGGAGUGUUCAAGUUUGAAAUGGAAGGAUUAUAGUGUCAAAAGGAGAUUCUUUAGAAGUGACCCUCCGCAGUGAGCAGUUGUACGGUAUCCUUAUAAAGGGAGUCUCAGCUGGGGAUGCACAGAAUCCAUGUGUUUAGCUUCAGGUGAAGACACUUUUAGAAAAACAUAUUUGGUAGAAUACCAUAUAGCAUCUCAAAUCCCACUAAACCUUAAAAACCCUUAAAAAGUACUGUUUCCAGUAAUGAAUCUGUAUGUGUUAAUGCUAAGCCAGCUGGUGUGUAAAUUCCACAUCUUCCGCAGUAGGGUAAGGCAGCAUAUCCCUUACAGUCAUGCAGCCAAUAGCUGCGUGAAUCUUCCUGGGCUGAGGGUUUUCCAAAGUCCACUGCUGUUCUCUGACUGGGAAGUCCAGCAACAUCGUUUGAGUUACAUUUCCCUAAUGCAUCUCAGAUUUCUGCGGUAGGGUCUGCAAAAUUAUUGCCAUUGCUGUCGAUCAUUAUAAUGGGCCUCCCACAGGCAGUACGAAAGAGAUUGUGCGGAGAGUGCAUCAGAUACAGAUGUUCCAAUAACUGCAACACUGUACAGUUUCUCCUCUUUCGCCAACACAAGAUAAUUCUGCUUUGAAUGAAGUGCAUGUCAUCUGGCCAUAAUCACCACAUUUCACUAAUAAAUAUUCACUCACUGUACUUUGUAUACACUGUAUACAUAUUUUUUUUUCAUUCCGCAAAUGACUAUUCACUCUUUUAGGAAGCACAGAGAAAAUAACUGCAAAUGGGCAUAUAUGUGUCAAUGGAGAAAUGUGAGUUUCAGGUUCAGAUCAUCUGGGUGAAUUGGAAAUCUUCCAGACAGUUAUUGUGGCCAAAUCAUGAAUUCAGUACAUCCCUAGUCUCGACCACACCCCUCCUGUCUCCACUGUGAGUUGAGAAUAACACAGAAAAUCAAGACUGGUCAGUACGUGACUGCAGGCAGCAAACACUUAUCCAAGUAGGAGGCCUUUGUGUGGAAAUGAAAAGAAACAAAUAUCUCACUAAGCAGCUGUAGUGUAUUAUGGCUUUGUCUGCUUCAGUGUCACUGUUGUCUUCCCUCUGUGUCUCAUAGUAUGCUCAAGUAUCUUGUAUGAUUGCCUGGUCCCUGCCUGAUUUGAUCAAACUUGUAUUGUCUUAUCUAAGGUAAAUCUAGCAUUAACUAUCGCUACUGAGUGUCAUUGAUGUAAAGACCUGUGUAUUACAUGGAGCGAGGUAUGCAAAGACGACAAAUGGGACAUACAUCAAGUAUUCAGAGUUGAAUACUGUCAGCCUCAGUAAAUUAUGCUCAUUUUCUGGAAGGACAUGCAGAGGCUUGAUUUGGACAUUGUGAAAACAACAAACAACAAUAAAAAAAAUCUUCCCUUGAAAGGACCCACUGACUUAAAACAGAUUACUGUUAUGCUAUUUCCUCUGCAUAUUUGCAACAUUCUCCUCGGUCUUGGAUUGUAAUGAACCCCUGUGUGGUAUAAUAGAUUAAGGGAGUUCUGGCAUGCUGUACAGCCCCUAAUUUCAACGCCAAACACCAUUCACAGCACACUGCACUUCUAAACCUCAGAAUCAGAUAAGGAGUUCCGCCCAUUUGCCUCAAGAGUUGCUAUAGUAACACCCAACAAAGAGUCACCUUCCAGUUCCAGCACGAUUGUUGAGUGUCUCUCAUGGAUGCUGUCUGACGCUUGCUUGAGACUGAUUAGAAAAAUAUAUAUGUAUAUAUGUAUUGUCCUUGCCCUGACUGAGUGUGAUGUGCUGUGUGCAUUCACUAAAAUAUGUUAGUGCACGAAACAUGACAAUGCAUCAAUGUGGGAUUGUUUCAUUUUGUUCAGAUCUG